AUGAGCAGCAUCGCGGCCGUCGGGGAGAGCUACCAGAAGUUCAACCCCAGAGCCUACCUGCAAAACAACUACAUGCCCCCCCGGGCUGACUUCAGCUCCGAGGACUGCGUGGUGCCCUGGAAGCUGCGGUGCCUGGCCGAGGCCUUCGCCACAGGGGACAUCCACGGCCGCACCCUGAUCGACAUCGGCUCCGGGCCCACCAUCUACCAGCUCCUGAGCGCCUGCGAGCACUUCGAGGAGAUCAUUGCCACCGACUACCUGGAGGUGAACCGGGAGGUGCUGCGCCGGUGGGUGCGGGGCGAGCCCGACAGCUUCAACUGGAGCCCGUACAUCAAACACGUCUGCCGGAUUGAGGGCAAAGGGGAGCAGUGGAAGGAGAAAGAGCAGAAGCUGAGAGGGAAACUGAGGCAGAUCCUUCCCAUCGACGUCCACCAGCCCGAGCCACUGGGCUCCCAGUUGUGCCAGCCAGCCGACGCCCUGGUCUCCACCUUCUGCCUGGAGGCGGUGAGCCCCGACCGGCCGAGCUUCGAGAGAGCCCUGCGUAACGUCACCACCCUGCUGCAGCCCAGGGGCCACUUCCUCCUCAUUGGCGCCCUAGAGGAGUCUUUCUACCUGGCCGGUGAGGCCAAGCUCUCAGUGGUGCCGGUGAGCGAGGCCGACGUCAAGGAGGCCUUGAGCAAGAGCGGCUACCACAUCCACGACUUCCGCUCCUAUCUCAUGCCACCCAGCCUGAAAAUCGGCGUGGAUGACGUGAGUGGGGUCUUCUUUGUCCACGCACAGAAGAAGCCCGUGGCCUGA